AUGGCUGUGCACUCCAUAUCACGAUGGGCCUCCUCCCUCCUCCUACUGUGUAUCGGCCUCGCCCACGCCCACACCGUUAUCACAUACCCCGGCUACCGAGGCAAUAACCUCCACACAAAUGGCACCGUCUCCGAGGCGAACGGCCUAGGCGUUGCAUGGGAUGAGAAGAACGGCUCGUACAUUUAUCCAUACGGCAUGAUGUGGAUGUAUCCUUAUCAAAAUUCUAACCCAAAAUUCAUCGAUCCAGGCGGCGGCAUGCCGACAUCUCAGAACCGAACUAAAUGGCCUGUUAACGGGGGUGCCCUUGCGCUACAGCCGGGCUGGUUCCCCGGUCACCAGACUGCCCUGAUCUACGUCAACUUUGGCUUGGGCGAGGUGCCUGAGAAUAUGAGCCACCCCGUCGUCUCACCAUUCCAGAUUACCGGCCCAACCAAUGACCCCUACCCUGGCACCAUCUGCCUGCCACAAGUCCCACUGCCAGCCAAUAUCAGCGCGAAAAUCGGUGACAAGGCAACUAUCCAAGUGGUAGAGAUCGCAAAGCACGGCGCGGCACUUUAUAAUUGCGUCGAUAUCGAAUUUGCCGACCCGCAAGACCCAGAUAUCAAGGAUUCCGUGACUCGCGAUAACUGUUUCAACUCCAGCGAUAUCAGCUUCCAAUAUAUGUACACGACGAGCGGGGUUGGGUCUGGGGCGGCUAUAAUCACGCCACCAAAGCAGACCCUGCUUGCACUGGUACCGUUGGUACUGGCGACGCUUUUGGGCGGCCUUAUGUAG